AUGUCCGAUACUCACUACGUGCCUAAUCCUGCUUUGAGUGCCUCCCUCGCUAACGCCCUAGAAGCAGCUGCCGAAGCAGACAAACGCGAUGCUCGGGAAAGUCCACCACCUUCCCGUCCACCACCGAAACCAGCUGGCCGGAGGAAAAAGGCGUACAAAAGCACCGAGAAUCUGUCUCGAACGCUCGGAAACGAUGGUGACAAUGUUAUAGACGCAACACCCGAAGAGACUAUCCACAUUGCGGAGCCAUCGGCAGGAAUUAGGAGCGGCGGGGAAGCGUUUUCAAAUAUGCCGGAUAAGUUGCAGCCAGAAACGGAGAAACGCGCUCGCAAAUCACGGCGGCAUAGAGACGCUAAACAAAACGAUGAGGGACCUAUGAUGGCAAGCUCGAGCCGUAGCCGUAGUGGAUGGGAACUUGGCGGUCGUGAGGCUUCCAUUGACCACGAGCCAGAGAAUGGAGGGUUUAUGAUGAGGAAGAGUGGUAAACAGCGGGGAGGAUUUGUUGACGAUGCGGAUGAUGGUGAUAAUAAGGCGGCAAAUCUUGAGAACCUCAAAAAACACACCACCGUCGGAAAUGGAGGCACCGAGGAAGCUGUUAUUAUGAUCAUCCCUGACCUUGAUGACGUCCAAGAUGACGAGAUGCUCACAACCGUCGCUGCGGCACCUGCAGUGAAGGUCAAUCGCUUCAAAACUAUCAAAGAGCUAGACGGAGAUUUGAUGGCUAGCACUGGGCAGUUGGUGGAGCCCCCUACGUCGAUCGGAGGAAUCGAUGUAUCACUUUUGGUAUCCAUAGCUCUCGUGCCUCCGGACCAAGUGAUAGAACCGGAUAUACACUGGGACUGGGAAGUGAUUUUUACAGAGGUAACGUCCGACCUUCAACCACCACUGACAAAUACGGACCCAUGACAUAUUUUACGCAAUCUUACGCAAGGAAUUACGGAGAUUCUUUUCAUGUACAUUAUAUGUAUCAUCGUGGUUAUGUCCUGUUCAAUAGGGCCAGUUGCAUAAUUUCACCCAACAAUGCCGAGGACACUGUGGUUGUUGCAGCAAGGGUAGCAGCAAAAUCAAGUACGGCAUCAUGUUGCCUCACUAUGGCCAAAAGCAUUACGAAUGACACUAUAAAUCUUAAACGAAAUGUAGAAGAAACAAUUAUGAUGUGGGAACGCCCUUCAUCCCUCUUACUGUUCCUGACAGAUUCUCCCUUCGUCUCGGGGCCGCGGGGUCUGGCUUCUUGCUCUUAUCCUUCUCGUCCAUAAACACCAAGGUUCCC